AUUAUUAUUGAAUACCAAAAUUUAUUUCCUAAACUUUUUAUAAGUCUUAUUAAUUUUUUAAGUGUUCUGCUGAGAGACGUUUCAGAACUGCUUGCAAAAUGUUGCGCAUUUUUCAGGACGAUGAUAAACCACGAUAUCCGUACGGUUUUUGGGAUUUUGAUGAGGAGCUGAUCGAAUAUCUAUUUUAUCCUAUCUAUGAGAUCAUACAGUCUGGCGUAAAGUACGUUAGAACUGGUGGUUACGACUAUAGAAGAACCGUAGAUCAAGAAGAGGAAAUGAUAUUCCGUUUGCACUUUGCACCUCGUACUUCGCUGAAGCACCGUAACGUCAUAAUCUUGCAAGACAUUAAAAAUGUUGCCUUAUUUCUGGCACCACCUAUUUUGUUGAAUGAAGAAAUGAUUGAAUAUAUAUACACCAAAACUUUUGAUCGUUUUUUACAUGCUUUAAUUGUGUAUUUUGAAUACUAUCUAAAAAUGUUGGAAUUUGUGCUUGUUCGACGAGAUGAGACUACAGGCUUAACACCUAAAAUACAAAGCGAUCAUACAAUGGACAUGAAAUAUUCAUUUGCAUCACAUUUGUCGCAAUAUCGUAUGAUGUUGGCACGGGAAUAUGCUGAAAUGUUACGCGGUGAAAAUGAGGAAGUGAAACCCUAUUACUAUUCAACGCCAAUUGUGAAUAUUGCCAAAACACGUUGGGAACGAGAAUUUCAUGAAAUUCUACUUUCCUAUGCAACACAAGUCGUUUGGAUUGCAAUGCAUCGACGAGCAUUUGAUGAUAUCGAAUCAGAAAUGGAACGCCUUUUUCGUUCAGAACAUUUUAGAUUAAGACCUGAAGUGGCACAGAGGUUCACUGUAACAGAGGAGUGUGUACUGUUUGGUGAACAUUAUAAACGUAUGAAUUUUCGCUUUCAAGCAUCUGGACUUAUACAGGAACUUGAGCACGUUAGAAAACAAGAUGCUCCCAUCCUUUGGAUAGGUAAGCAAAAAUACAAUGGUGAUGAUAAACGCAUUUUGCAGCUUGAAUUGGAAUAUCUUGUACCACCCAGUCAACUUUUUUUUAUUGAUAUUGUUCAUGGGAUUUUGGGACAUCCAAAAAGAUUUUAUGACACUAUGUUGAAACUAGAUUGGGCGGUUCUGCGCGAUGAAGCAUAUACAAACGAUUAUGAUCCAUAUCAUCUUAUGCGACAACCAGCGAUACAGAUACCGAAAUUUGGUACUGAAGAGAUGCGCAAACAUUGUAAGAAAUUUUAUGCAGAGUUUGAAAUUGAAAGUGAAACUGAAACAGUGACAUCGGAUGAUAUUUUCAAAUGGGUGAAUCGUGAUAUUUUGAUUGACGUAUGCAAAAGACAUGGUGUCAUUGUAAACGCAAUGGAAAGAGCACGACGUGAAGUGGAAUCUACUUCAUAUGGACCGUCACCAGAAGAAUUGGUUCAAACGUUCAUGGACACAUGUAAUCGGGUAGAAAAAAGUGAUAAAGAGUUCUUAGCGGAGUACUAUAAUUAAGGCAUGAAAAUAUAUUUUUACAUCAUUUUCAUAAUGUUUAAA